CAUUUUAAUGAGAUCAUCAACUUCUUGUUUCCAAGAAGGUCUUGUGAUAUUGCUCAGUCAAGAGUUCCUAAGAUGGAUGUGUUCAAGAGGAGGUGUCCAAACAAUACAGAUACCUGGAAUCUAACAGCUGUGUUAAAAUUCCAUAUCACAAAACCCUCCAAGGAUCCCGAUCUCCAGCCCAUCCUCUUUUUGAUCUUCCUGUUCAUGUACCUGGUUAUGGUGCUUGGGAACCUGCUCAUGAUCCUGCCUGUCAGUUUAGAGUCUCAACUCCACACCCCUAUGUACUUCUUCCUCUCCAACUUGUCUUUUACUGACAUCUGUUUCAUUUCCACCACGCUUCCAAAGAUGACUGUGGACAUCCUAACUCACAAGAGUGUCAUCUCCUUUGUGGGCUGCCUGACACAAAUGUCUCUGCUUAUUCUUUUUGCAUGUAUGGAUUACAUGCUUCUGAUCUUGACGGUUUAUGACAGGUUUGUGGCCAUCUACCAACCCCUCCAGUAUUCCUUCAUUAUGAACUUUCCCCUCUGUGUUUUCUUAGUUUUCAUAUCUGUUUUAUUUAGCCUUAUAGACUCACAAUUGCAUAAUCUAAUUGUCUUAAAGUUCACUUAUUUCUAUGAUGUUUCAAUUUCCACCUUCUGCUGUGAACCUACUCAAAUUCUUAAGCUGGAUUGUACUGAAAACUUUACCAAAAACAUGAUCACUUAUUUUUCUGGUGCCAUAAUUGGUUUUUGCCCAUCUCAGUAAUGUUAUUCUCUUAUUAUAAAAUCAUUUCCUCCAUUCUGAGAAUCCCAUCAUCAAGUGGGAAGUAUAAGGCUUUCUCCACCUGUGGGUCUCACCUGUCAGGUGUUUGUUUAUUUUAUAGAACAAGCAUUGGGAUGUACCUUGAAUCUACUCUAGCACAUUCUCCCAGAAAGAGCAUGGUGUCUUCCAUAAUGUACACUAUUGUGACUCCUAAGCUGAAUCCCUUCAUCUAUAGCCUGAGGAAUAAGGACAUUUAAAAUGCUCUAAGAAAGCUCUACAGUAGAAAAUUCUAGAAUCCGCAUCUGAGGCAACCGAACAAAAUUUACAUGGAAAGAGGCAUCAAUUCUACACAUCUAGUCCUGCAAAGUUUACCUUCUGAACAUUUUUAGUAGUUUGAUUACUUUAAUUCCUCAGCGUAUAUCAUAACCAGAAUGGUAGAAGAUAUGUUCAUGAGACUGGAAGAAUGCAGUGUGAUUAAAAUGAAUAAGCAAUUUAAGUUUUAGAAAAUAAGAAUUUUUAGAGAUGCAUCAUUUUGAUGCACAUAAAUGAGGAUGUAAUUAAUGAUACUGAAGAAAUGGUUAAAUGCUGUUAUAUAUAUUCACCACAAUAAACAAUGGUAAUAAAAGCUUUUGUUAAAAAAUACAAAUCAUGUGAAUAGUACACAUAAACUUCCAUUUGAAUACAUAAAUAUUACCAAAACCAUGUAGACAUUCUUUUUCUGAUCUUUUCCUUCCUCAAUUAAUAUUAAGAAUUUCUUAACGACUCAGAUGAAUAAAAUAUUUUAGUUAACAAUGACUGCUGGGCAUUCGUCCUCCAAGGUAAUAUAAUAGUAAGUAAUUAACCUAUGUCUCUAGUUCUCCCGUGGCUCCAUACCACUGACUGUGCUUAGGAUUUGCUGAGGAAGGCUUUUGAUUGCCCAAGGAAACUCUUAUUUGACAUGGUAUUCACUGAAAUGCUAAGGACAGGGGCUGAGCCUUCAUUGGACUCUUGGUGGAGUGAGACCCAUUCAUUCUUCAUUUUCUUGUUCAUGACACAGCCAAAAUGCUGAGUAACCCAGUAAGUGCAAGUGAGACUAAGGAUGGAGGAAAGACUGUCUGCUGCAUUAUUUCAUCACCAUGAAGACAAACAUGACACCUCUAGUGGCCAAAGAGGACACCAAUAUGCAGGAUUUUGGCUAAGAGUACCAUGAAGUGUUGUUUCUUGGGGAUUCCUAUUGCAAACUUAUCCUUCACAAAAAUUAUUUGCUGUCCUGGGACCCUGGAUCUACUUCCCAUCAACAUCAACUAGAAUGAUCCCAGAAAAUAUGUUUCUCUAAUUUGUUAUUUUAGGACACCUAACAUUUAAUUAAUGUGAUUAAAGAUAUAAAAUCAGCAAAAUGAUGACAGCAGGUACCAGUUUACAGAGCUUCCAACAUGCCAGGCUUUGUUCUUCUCAUCAUGUACAGCUUGCUCCAUUUCACCUUCACAGUCUCACAUUGUUGUUGUUUUAUAGAUAAAGAAGGAACCUAGCAUUUUUUUGUAAUUUCUGUUAUGCUUUAGUUAGAAGAGAAUGACACUUUAUAAAAAUUAAUCUGUUUGAGGAAUGACAUAGGACAUUUUUACUGGAGAAUCAUAGCAUAGACGUGCAUUGUCAAUGCAACCAGCCACUUCAAGUCCCUGUCACUGCAGGAAGCAACUUCUGGUUCACUGUGCUCUUCAUGGUGGGAAUUUGGGAAGCUGACGAGGAAGAAUGGAGGAUGGCACCUGUUGUGUCUAUUAUAGGAAGGAUUUCUCUGGACUACAGGGAAAGAUAAGAGAAACAUGUACAUGGUCAUUUAGCACAAACCACUCUAUGGUAAUUCUUACAUGAUUAUGGGUUAAGUAAUUUCAUCUCAUG